AUGACAAAGAAUUACGUGUACAGUAUAAUAAAACCUGAUUAUUCUAGUUUGGGAUACGUGAUAGCUACAGCGAAUGUAGAUGAUAAACAUGACCGAUCAGCACCCUCCGAUUUUCAUUGGAAAAUUCUGAAAUGCAGGAUGGUAAUAUUUUCACAUCCGUCCAUAUUAGCAAGUCCUGAUAAAAGCGACGUGAAGAAAGUUCAUAUCAUAUUUUCACGUCGUGGCGAUGACUUCGAUUGCAUUAAUUCAUUAUUUUUAAAAUUUUCUCUUGUACAAGAGGGACUAAUACGAAAUGUAGACAACGACACAUAUAAGAUGUGUUUCUUUUACACAAUGGCGGCAAAACUCGCACCGGCCUGGAACCUUUUGAGUUGCAGUUAUUUUGUUAAUAAGAGAGAUUUUCUUACUAGAAUUGGACCACAGGAAGGCGUUCAGUGCUUUUGCUCUGUAAAUAAUGAUACAAUAAUGUUGGAGUUAAAACCGGUCAAAAUAAACCUGUUAAGAUCUGAUAAUAAAUUUUAUCCCGGUGAAUGUAUUAGAGUACUACCAAGUUUGAAUAAAGCAAACAUUGAAGAAUUUUACGAAUCUCUGCCUAAAAUGGGAGAUUUUAAAAACUUUAAAGAUAUGCGUCGACACUGGAAGAAUAUCCACGGUUACCGUUUACCCGAAGAAGAACGUCCAUACUAUGCAGUUCGAUUCUGGCGCGGUGAACCACUUACUUACCCAGAUAUAUGUCUGACAAGAACAUUUCCUAUCAUCACACCUGUGCCUAAAGCUUCAGAAGAAUGUAUACUCAAAAACUUCAUAAACUGUUUAAAAACGAAAAUGCCUCUUAUUCUUGGACUUCCAAUUGAUAUUAAUGAAACAGAAAGUCAAAUGAUUCACAAAAAUGUUAAAGACACUCAAGCAAUAAGUUUGUGCACACCAACACAAAAUUAA